AUGGGAGAAGAUACCAGCAAUAAUCAAGACGUCUUGUACAUGUUGGUGGUUAGUAUGAGAGAUGAGAUAAAAUCUUUAAGGCAAGAACUUGGUGACCGGAUCACUCCGGUCGAGCAAAUUCCGAGAGCACCCAUUCGUAAUGUUGGCGGCCUUGGAACCAACAACACCGGAGCACAUAAUGCUGGAGCCAAUACCAGACGCAAUGGCAUUCACAUCAAUGAGCCAGACGCCACAAACUUAGGGGAAGAAGAAGAUUCAUCUCAAGACGAUGAACCAAACCCUCGCAAUAGGCGAAACCGUGGUCAAAGAAGGCGUGUGCCACAAGAUGACUAUGGAGAUGCCGAUGAUGAAGAGAAUACACCUUACUUUAGACAGAACCAGAACCAUAUCAAGCUGACCGCACCAAACUUUGCUGGCAAAGUUUACCCAGAGGCUUAUCUAGAUUGGGAGAAGAGGAUGGAUCACAUCUUCGACUAUUACAAUCACCCUGGUCCAAAGAGAGUAGCACUAGCAGUGGCUCAGCUCACCGACGGUGCACUUACAUGGUGGGACAGAGAAUUUUCAGACCGCAAGAGGAGCCGUUUGAGAGCUAUUGAUACAUGGGUCGACAUGAAAGACCUGAUGAGGCAAAGGUAUGUUCCCCCUCAUUUUUAUAGAGACUUACAGCGUCGUUUUCGAACUCUUAAACAGGGAACCAGGACUGUAGAAGAAUACUAUGAAGAGUUUGAGCGCUUAAGGAAUCAUUUGGAGGUUCAUGACGACGAAGAAGCUCUAAUGGCCCAGUUUCUUGAUGGUUUGCAAGAGAGGAUCAGCCGCAAAGUGGAGAGACAGAACAACACAUCAAGAAGAAGAUCACCAACACCAGAAGCAAGCCACAAACCACUUGGAACUCCAACUUCAACAAACCACUCGACAAAGGCAAAGGUGUGGAAAUUGAUUCACGUUUCAAAGGCAAGGCGGCUCAUGACCGAGGCUGGAGAGUAUGAGUCACACGAUGAAGCUGAUGUUCAAGAAGAUCAAGACGAUGAGUAUGGUGACAUAGCUUAUCCAGAUACAGGAGAGCUUCUUGUCACUAGACGUGUACUAAGUGUAAUGGUGGAGCCAGCCGAGACCAUACAAAGAGAGAACAUCUUUCACAGCCGUUGCACCAUAAAAGGGAAGGUUCUAGGUGAGCUUGAACUACCACUGGAUAUUACUGAUUUACUUGACAGGUUUAAAGAUGUGUUCCCUGAAGAAAUGCCUGAGGGACUGCCACCAAUUCGAGGCAUAGAGCACCAAAUAGACUUCAUCCUGGGAGCAGCUUUGCCAAACAAACCGGCUUACCGAAUGAGCCCUGAGGAGUCUAAGGAGUUAGAGAGCCCUUGUGCCGUUCCUGUCCUGUUGAUGCCAAAGAAAGAUGGCUCAUGGCGCAUGUGUGUAGAUUGUCGAGCCAUCAACAACAUCACCAUCAAGUAUAGACACCCGAUUCCAAGACUUGAUGACAUGCUUGAUGAGCUUAGUGGAGCCACCUUGUUCUCAAAGAUCGACCUCAAGAGUGGAUACCAUCAAGUGAGGAUGAAAGAAGGUGAUGAAUGGAAGACUGCCUUUAAGACCAAGCAAGGUCUCUAUGAGUGGAUGGUGAUGCCCUUCGGCCUCACCAAUGCACCAAGUACUUUUAUGCGUCUAAUGAACCAAGGAUUACAGGUUGAUGUGGAAAAGAUUAAAGCCAUCAAAGACUGGCCGGCUCCAACAAACAUCAGUCAAGUGAGGAGUUUCCAUGGGUUAGCAAGCUUCUACCGGCGUUUUGUCAAAGAUUUCAGCAGUAUAGCCGCACCUCUCACAGCUGUGGUGAAGAAAAGUGUUGGUUUUACCUGA